UGUGCAUUCAGAUACUACUUUUCUUUUUCUGGAUGUGGAGAGCAUUUCUCAUCAUGAGUCCUUUGGAAAUGUCUUGGAUCGUUGUACUGCUAAGAAGAACUAAGUUUAUCACAGCUGAUCAUCACAAUGUCAAGCAGAGUUGCCUUGGGGGGAAUCAUGAGAAAGUGAUUGGAACUCUAGGGGAGGAGAACAUUAUGAAGUCAAACAUUGACAAGAAAUUCUCAGCUCAUUAUGAUGCAGUAGAAGCUGAGCUCAAGUCCAGCACCGUGGGUCUUGUGACCCUGACUGACAUGAAGGCCAAACAGGAAGCGCUGGUGAAGGAGCGGGAAAAGCAGUUGGCCAAGAAGGAACAGUCUACAGAACUUCAGCUAAAGCUAGAGAAACUUCGAGAAAAGGAACGCAAGAAGGAAGAGAAGCGGAAGAUCUCGAGUCUAUCCUUCACCUUGGAUGAGGAAGAGGAACCUGAGGAAGAAGAUGAGGAAGAUGGGGUUGAGGAAGGUGUAAGAGGAGAAGACAUGAACAAGAACAGACGUGGUUCCUACCCUCAGAGAGUUAACAGUCUGAAUGGAGAAGCAGUCCCUUCAAAGAAGAGAAAAUUGGGGAAGAACCCCGAUGUGGACACAAGCUUUCUUCCCGACCGUGACCGAGAGGAAGAGGAAAAUAGGCUCCGAGAGGAACUUCGGCAGGAAUGGGAGGCCAAGCAGGAGAAGAUCAAGAGCGAAGAAAUUGAAAUCACGUUUAGCUACUGGGAUGGAUCUGGACACCGAAGGACUGUAAAGAUGAAGAAGGGGAACACAAUGCAACAGUUCCUGCAAAAGGCACUGGAGAUCCUGCGGAAAGACUUCAGUGAGCUGAGGUCAGCAGGAGUGGAACAGCUGAUGUACAUCAAGGAGGAUCUGAUUAUACCUCAUCAUCACAGUUUCUAUGACUUCAUUGUCACCAAAGCCAGAGGGAAGAGUGGCCCACUCUUUAACUUUGAUGUCCAUGAUGAUGUUCGGCUGCUCAGCGAUGCCACAGUAGAGAAGGAUGAGUCACAUGCAGGAAAGGUGGUGCUAAGAAGUUGGUAUGAGAAGAACAAGCAUAUUUUCCCAGCCAGCCGCUGGGAACCCUAUGACCCAGAGAAAAAGUGGGACAAAUACACGGUGAGGGGCUAG